GUCGCGACCAUGGCCGCUCCAGGUGAGACCGCGCCGCCACCGCGCUGAUCUCUCUCCUCCGGCCACCUCCGUCGUCUCCGCGGCCAGAUCGGGAACCACCUCCGCGUCCUCUCUCUGCCCCCGUCGAAGCCCAUCGCUGCUAUCGCCCGGGUCGCCGCGGCCAAGCUCUUCUUCAUCCAUUCCUCAGCUCAUUCUUCAGGAGCUUCUUCGCCGGCUGUUUGUUCUCGCGGGGAGGAGAUAGCUGGGGAAGCUGGUGUUGGGCGGGCGGAGCAAGGCUCGCGACGCUGCAGCUUUUGAGGCGACUCGCCGCAGCUACGCGUCUGCCGCACCUCCCCCAUGGGUGGCCCUGGGUGAGUUCGGCCCGGCAUCCAGUCCUCGGCUGGCAUGCUGCCGCGCCUUCCGGCAGUGCCAUCCGCUGGGCUGCCCGUCGACGGCGCUCCAGAGGACACGGCAGCAACCUCUCCACCUCCAGCGUCCUCCUUCGUGCUUGCUGCAGCUGCGCUUGCUUGCCGCAGGUCAAACCCGGCCAUUGGUGGCCACAUGCGUCGCACUCGCCACUUCCGCAAGUCCUUGAUGGUGAAUCUUGCUGCUCCUUCUGAUGGGCAUCUGCGUGACCCUGGUGUGGUGGUUGAGGGGCUUGGUUCCCUGUCGCUGCCAUCACCUGGGCAUCCCUGCCUACCCAAGCAGCUGACAGCCACCUCGAUACCCCAAGCUCCUCUACCAUCGUUGUCUGUCACCGAAGGAGUUGUUUCCGGCAAAGUUCAAGGCACGGACAAUAUGCGCGACAAUAUGCGCAAUGAGGAGAAGACGCUAGAGGAGGAGGUUUGUCUGCUUGAUCCUUCUUCAGUGUCGACCGGUGGCAGUCUCCCUACUGCAGCAGCUGCUCUAGAAGCCGAGGGGGACUGGGAGCAUGUGGGUCGUGGACGCCACUCCAGCCGGGCCACUCCCCCUGAGCCGUCGAGGGAAGGUCUUGAGCGUAGCCUCGCCUUCAAGCGGUGGGCUCGAGGAAGGUGUUUUCGUUGCCUUGAGCGUGGCCACCAAGUCAGAGCAUGUCGUGAGCCCUUCAGAUGCAUCCGAUGUCGCCAUCCUGGUCAUCGGGAGCGUUUCUGCCGUGCGCGGUUUCCCGCCGCUCGUUCUUGCUCUCCGGACGGUCGUGCACGUUCUCCGGACGCACGUGAUCCUUGUUCGCGGCGCCGCUCUCCGCCCGCACAGCCACGUCGUCCAUCGGCGUCCCGGAGUUGGGUCGACGUCGUGUGCCACUCGUCGUCUCCUGCAACAUCACUGCCAAGGCCCUCUCCAAGGUGUUGUGAGGAGUUCAAUGUCAGCGCUGGUUUGGACUCCCGCUUUCAGUGCCAGCUUUCCUUGCUACGCAUGGAGCUCACACAGUUGGUUGUUACGCGCGUCGAGGAGGUGACUCGCCCCCUCCGUGAGGAGGUGGCAAGCCUCAAGUUGUUGUUGGCACAUGGUGGUGAUUCAUUGGAGCCGACGGAGGCAUGUUCUUCAGGUGGACAUGAGCUCGCCACCAUGCAGGUUUCACUUGCACUUGGCUCUGUUGAGGAGAAGUCAUCUGUGGUCGAGGAAGAAUAUCUCUACAGCUGUUUCUCUCCUCGUGGCAGCCCCGGCCAGUCGCUGCAACCUGUUGUGUCGGCUGCCUCAGAGAGCGAGGGCAUAGACGAGACCUUGGCUCCGGUGUUGCAGAUCACGCCAGAGCGGCUUGAGUUGCUUGGUGAUUCUCCUGCGGUGCUUCCGCUGGCGUUAUGCUCUUUUGAGACCUUGGAGGUGGCCAUGACACCCCCGCCACCACAGUUGGAGCCUUGCCAUUCCCUCUCCUCUUUGGACUGUGGAGUAGUGUUGGCGCCUAGUUCUGAGGCUCUUUUUGCAAAAGAGCUUUGCGGCUUGCUCGCUAGUUUGGAGGCGGCUAGCCCUGGAUAUGGCAAGGACAUUGACUGCGUCUUGGCGGGGAAGGCCUCGGAGGAUAUGUUCAGGAGGGUGCAAAAGUCUCUCAAGAGAGUAUCUAUCAGGAGCAUAAGAAGGAAGAGGGCCGGUUGAGUGGGACGUUGUGCUCUUGUGUGUCGGUUCUAGUUGGUUUAGAGGUUGCAUUCUUUCGAUGUUUUUCUCUUGUGGGUGUGAUGUUGGUAUGGACUUAGCCCUGUUGUUGUAGGUUUUCGCUCGGUUUUCUCCUAAAAACUGAGCAACUUCUUCUUAAUUAAUUGAUGGGGCAAAGCUUUUGCCUCCGUUUCAAAA